GAAAACUAACAAGUCGCGCAGUUCUAAUGCAAAUUUUGGAUUACUGAGUCAAUUGAAUUAGUUGUAUAAGGCUAAAACGAGAGUUUAGCUUAGUUUGUAUGUGAAACUGUACACUCAAUAGAAGACUGAUGUCAGGGCGGCAGGUACUAAUAGCUCGGGCAAAGUUCAACAAACACGUUUUUAAUACUUGCAAAAAUUCUGUAUGAAUUACCUUAAAGAAUACGGGUGAUACUGGAAAUUUCAACGUUAAAAUAUGUUCAAAACUUUAGUAACAAUUACCGCAGCGUUUGUUGCAAUUUCAACAGGAAUUCUAUGGCAUCGAACAUAUGGUUCUUUGUCUGACAAGAUUGAAGGAUGGUCCUCAAAAGUCUUUCCGACUGCUUGUCAAUGUAUUUAUCUGUUGCUAGACAUUUUUAACCCAUUGCUCGGAAUUCCACAGUAUAAGAUAUUUCGACUUCUUCCAGACAAGGAUUGGUUUGGUAUGAAAAGAGCUAUGUGGAAGAAUGAAUUAUUGAUAGAAGACAGUACUAUAGCAGGCGUACCUGUGACAACGUUUCUAUCUCAUAAUAUACCAUCACCGUCUCCUGGAAUAAUUUAUUUUCACUCAGGUGGGAUGGUUAUGGGAAGCAAUAAUGCUGGAUCAUCGUUGACAUUAUGUUCUCACCUAGCCAAUAAAACCAAAGCUGUUGUUAUAUCAGUUGGUUAUCGUUUGGCACCAGAGAAUGUUUACCCUGCCUCCUUUGAUGAUGCUUGGAAUGUGGUGUCCACAAUUUUAUCUGACCCAUUAAAAUACAAUAUAAAUGGUAGUAGAAUUGCUCUUAUGGGUGAAAGUGCUGGUGGACUGUUAGCUCAAGCUGUUUCGUUGAAACUUGCCAAUCAUCCUCAAAUACCAAACCGAAUUGCAGCCCAAGUUUUGCUUUAUCCUUGGUUUCAGCUAAUUGAUAUGUUUUGUUUGCCAUCAUAUAAAUUAUAUAGCGAAGGUUUUGUUGUUUCUGACAGAAUAACAGCAUACUGUGUUUCAGCACUUACUAUGGGUAAUGAUGAAAUGGUACCAAUGUAUAUCUCUGGUAAUGUAUCAAAGUACUUUAUGCAAACAAAGUAUUGGAAAUAUCUUGCUCCAUUAUCAAAAUGUAAACUAAACCCAACAAAAGAUAAUAUCACUUUACCAAAGAUUUUCAUUGAAAAAGUCACAGAUCAAUAUCUUUCACCACUUCUUGCUGAUGAUCUAAGCUCAACUCCACCAACACUUCUUGGAAUUUCAGAGUACGAUAUUCUGGAAAGUGAAAGCAGCCUGAUGUCACAAAGACUAAAAGAAGCUGGUGUAAAUAUCAUUACAAAGCGUUAUAAAACAUAUCAUGGUUUUGUGAUGAAUUUAGGCAUACCUAUGUCAAACAAAACAUUGGCAAAAUUAGCUCUUAAUGACACUGCUGUAUUUUUAAAUGCAAUAUGGUAAAUACAGUUUUGGAACCACCUGUCAGCAAGCGACUGUUGCUGAUUCAAUGGGCUGAUCAUGGUAAAGCUACCAUUAUAUAUCUUAAUUCACUCCCCUGCAAUUAACAGAGAUGCUUGAAUUAAAAAAAAAACAAGUACAAAUAAUAGUGUUUCAGUUGUAACCAUGGUUUAACAUGAAAAGAUAAUUAAACGAACUUACUUGAAAAAAUUUGGUCACGUAGUUUAGAUCGACUACGCCAUAUGAAAGAGAUCGCCAAAGAAAAAAUCAAUGGAAACAGGGCAAGAUAAACAAAACACAAACACACAUUGACACAGACUGACAGACAUACGUCUCAUGUGUUCUCCCUGCAUUUCGUUACACCAACAUCUAAAAAAAAAGUCUAGAAAACAAGUUAGAUCAAUGAACGACAGAACACAGCCGGCAACAUAAAAGAUGAAAUAAAUCAAUUUACUAUUUUUUUUAAGAUUUUUGAUCCCUUUUUGAAAUUAUCUGACUCAAAAACAUGCAGCCGUUGCAGUUCUUGCACAACACACGCAGCAAGCUAUGUGCAGAAUAACUUGAAUGUAGUCUACAGUUGUGUUUGGAGUAAAGGAUCUAAAGUUAGUCAUAAUAUUCAUCAUCCAAUAUCAUAACGUAUCUUCUGACUCAUUUCACCGCUUAUUCCACUCGUGCUAAGAUCUGUACAAAUCUUAGUCAAUACUUAUUAAAAUUUUUAAAAUAUGUGCUUUGUAAAGAAAACUAA